CCUUUCUCUCCCCCCCCCCCACAGUAUUUCGGUUUCCUCUUUCUCCUCUUCGCCGCCCAGAUCACCAUUGGGGUCCUGCUGUACACGCAGCGUGUCACGCUCAGUGGCAAGGUGGGGGUGUUCGUGGAAGACGCCAUCCGGACCUAUCCGCUGGCAGGACCCCCCGGCGAGAAGCACCAGAGCUGGGACUUCAUUCAGGGGCAGCUCCAGUGCUGCGGCUGGAGCUCGUACAUGGACUGGCACCAGAACCCCGUCGUGGACAACUCGUCUCGCAAACUGUACCCCUGUUCCUGUCACAACAGCUCCAGCCCUGGUGAGCGCGGCACCGGCACCAACACCACCGAGGUCCCGGCCGUGCAGGGGGCCACCGGGUUCUGCACUGCUCAGGGGGAGUGGCCGGUCUACAGGCAGGGCUGCGCGAACAGCGUCCAGGGCUGGCUGGCCAAUAACAUCAUCAGCAUCGUGGGCAUCUGCCUGGGCAUCGCCCUGAUGGAGCUCUGUCUCAUGAUGUUAUCGAUGUUUCUGUUUAGAAACAUGGGCCAGAACUACGACAAGCUGACCCGAUACUCCUAGGAAGCCCCUCCCGCCCCAGGGGGUGGAGGGGGAGCAGAUGGGCAUGAGCCACCGCCCCCCAACUGGGACCAUCCAGCAUGGGCUGAAGCAGCUUUCUUUCUCUGUCUGUCUGUUCCUGAGUGUUCUUGGCAGGGGGCAGGGCCCCUGGUCCAUUUCCCCCCAACCCCAGUGUGUCGUCCCCCGCCCUGUCCCUGGCCUGAGCUGUGCUCACCCUUUGGGGCAGUGGCGUAGGGAUGGGGCAGCUAUUUCGUUCUGUCUCUGGGUAUCUAUUAGUGGGGUUUGCUGCAGUAGGGAGGGGAAGGGUGGGGUGGGGUGGGGGUGGGGGAGAGAGGUCCUGGUACCUUGGGGCAGGGGGGGCAAUCGGGAAGGGGCAGGAGGUUGGGACGUGUGAAUAUGUGUGUGUGCCAUUGAAUGUGUUCUCCACGGGGGACCCCCGGUUCCCCGCUCCCCAGGAAUUCACAAUUUUGUAAAAUCCACUUUGUAAAUAAAAUAAAAAUGUGGGGUCCCAGCCCUGAAAA